GAUCAUGCUUUAGCUAAUGUCACUGUCCCACAACCUCCAAGUUUAAGAGUACAAGGACAACAACAAGAAUGUCAAGAGCAACAUCCACAGCAGCCACACUGCCAAGACCAAGGAGUCAAUCACCAAGCGCAACAAGCAAAUCAAAACAUCAACAUCACAUCAGUGAACAGUGCAGGCAGCAAAUUCCUUUUUUUUCCACAGUCUGUUUCGCAGGCUACUAUGAAUGGCAGGAGGGGGUCAAACGCUUGCACUUUCAUUGCAUUGUACUUGGCAAAAAGUUAUCAUGCCAACAUAGGACACCUACCACCCCCAACACAAAUUUCACCUGUGUGGGCUGCUGUUGUGAUGUCCUGCAUCAUUCAGGGAAAUUCCACACAUGACACUUUAACUGGGGGAAGAGCAAUUAAUUUUGCUGUUGAUGACGCUGUCCAACAUCUUAGACAAAACUUUGGACAAAUUCAAAUGGAAGAUUCGUUUGACAUCACAUUAACCAGUGAAGAUAUAAAUGUACCCCAGUCAUCAGCAGCAUUUUACCUCCAACGUUUAACUCAAGAAGCUAAUCUAUCUGCAAUUCUUAUUAUCACCGAUAUGACAAUUUGUUUUGUUGCACAUGGAGCAAAUAUUGUGAUGUUCGACAGCCACUUGCAUGGUAAUUUUGGAGCUCUUAUUGCCAGUACAACUGUUGAAAACACCGAGAAUUUCUUGAAGGCAGUGAAAGCGAUGAUAAGCCCAAACUACAACAUGUCUCCUUAA